AUGACGGGCAAACGAUCCAUCGCCUUGCAGCUGCCAUUCGGCGCAAGCGUGACAACGAAUAGCGAGUGUUUCAGAACCAAGGCCUGCUCAGACGUCUUGGUCGACCACUUCAUGGUACCUAGAGUCCAUCUCGGAUGUGUAGUGUGCCCUGCUCAACUCCAGGCAGAAUCAAACUGGCAAGGAGGACCGAGAAAUAGGGGAAUUGUGAAGCCAUACCACGCUGUAUACGCGCUGGCACAACAUAUCUCCCACCUCCCAACAGCCUCUUAUGACUAUGUGACGGACCGCUUACGUAGAAUCGAGACGGAUAGCGACGAAGGCGCCGCAUGGCCGUGUGCAGCGAGACGGUGCCUAACCUCGGGUUCAUUGGAUGCCACCAAGCUGACCAAGAUGGGCCACGCGGUCACUUCCAGUGCCAUGAUAUAG